GGAAGACGAGGAGGAGGAGGAGGCGAUUGGCUGCCGUUUCGCCGGCGCUUGCGAGUCCCGCCGCCACACACGCACGCCGUACAAAACUCAGCCCAGGGCUGCGCCUGCCCCACUCGAGGCAGGGGCGAAGGAACCUGCCGGAGCUGUUUGCUGCUGUUUGCGCGCGCGCGCACGCCGGCUUCGCUCUCUCGCUCUCUCUCACCCCCCACCUCGUCCCGCCGGCAAACACCGCAGGCAGGUUGAGAGACGCGCCUUUCAACCCCCAUCACCGCCCACCACCCCACCCCGCGCCAGACGACCUCCCUCUCUCUCCCUUCCUCACUGGUUUCUCUCAAAAUCCACCCACCCCACCCGCGGCCGUGGCAGCGGCGAGGCUGGGUUGAGCUGAGCUGAGCUGCGCUCGCUCGGCUCCCGCGCGCUCCGGAUUCGGACGGGCGGUUUGAGGGGCGAGUCAGUCCGUCUCCGGCACCCCCAGCAAGGCAAGCGGGGAGGCAUGGCGAGCUCUCCGCGCGCGCUGCUCUGCUGGUGGUUUUGCCUCUGGUUGAGCUGCCGCUGCCUGGUGGCCGAAGGGUCCGGCGAGCGCCCGGGCGGGUUCGCCAAAGGGAGCAUAAGAGGCGGAGGGCGCAGGAGCCGGGCGGCCGAAACUGAGGCGGUGGAGCAGCCUUCCCCGCCGGUGGUCGUCUCCGCUGCCGCGGAUAAAGUGUCGGAACACAUGCUGCGCCUUUACGUCCGCUACAGCGGCCGGAGUCGGGAUUCGGAGGCGGCCGGAACGUCCCGGCUGUUUCAUCUCCGAGAAGGCAACACGGUGCGAAGCUUCCGAGCGCUGCCGGCAGGGAUACUUGGCCACAAAGAGGUGUAUGUUUUUAAUCUCACCUCCCUCACGAAGUCUGAAAAUAUCUUGUCGGCUCUGUUGCAUUACUACGUCGGAGAUCUUCAGAACGGCAGCACCAACUGCCCUCAACACAACAGCUGUUCUCUGGGCCUCAGGAAACCGGACCUACAGAUCAAGCUUUUGCUCUUGAGUUUCCCAUCACCAACAAACCAGUCACGAACCCUCGGCCGUUACGUGGUCAACGUCUCCGCUUCUUUGCAGGAUGACCAUUUGUGGCAAUGCAAAAACAUCACCUGGGACUUGAGGCGAGCAAAGGAGCACAACCAUCUCAUGAUCGGGGUCCAGAUGGCCUCCCUUGGCCAACCUCCAUGGAAGAGCCUGCAUCUCAGCUAUGAACCCUACAUCCUGGUCUACGCCAACGACUCCGCCAUUUCAGAACCGGAAAGUGUGGUUUCCAGCUUGCAAGGUCAUUGGAAUCCACCGCCUGGGACUUUCCCCAAACUGGACAGCCAGUCAAUCAGUGACCUCAGUGGACAGCGGCCCAAGCGUUCCACCAGCUUCCUUCUGCCCUUGCAGAACAACGAACUCCCAGGAGCUGAGUAUCAGUACAGUGAGGACGACGGAUGGGAGGAGAGGAAGCACUACAAAACCCUGCAGCCACGGCUGGCGGAAAGGUCAAAGGGUAAGAAAAAGCCCAGAAAACACAAUCAUCAGAAGAGCCAGACCCUUCAGUUCGACGAGCAGACCCUGAAAAAGGCCAGGCGGAAGCAGUGGAAUGAACCAAGAUCUUGCUCGAGGCGCUAUCUCAAAGUAGAUUUUGCAGAUAUAGGCUGGAGCGAAUGGAUCAUUUCUCCUAAAGCUUUUGAUGCUUUCUAUUGCUCAGGUGAAUGCCAGUUCCCUAUUCCAAAGGCCCUGAAGCCCUCCAACCAUGCGACCAUUCAGAGCAUUGUAAGAGCCGUAGGGGUCGUCUCUGGCAUCCCGGAGCCUUGCUGUGUUCCGGACAAGAUGACAUCGCUCAGCAUUUUAUUCUUCGAUGAAAACAAAAACGUGGUCCUCAAAGUGUAUCCAAAUAUGACAGUGGAAUCCUGUGCCUGCAGAUAACCUCACCACUUUCCACGGCGACUUUCGUUGCUUCAUAAACCUCUCCUCUUUCCAUUUACGAAAGCAUAUUGUUGUCCAGUUUUACGAGCAGAUGAGUAAGCAAGAGCUGAGAAGGAACAUGGAAUAGGUUUCCCCAACGGUAAUUUUCCUACUGGGAGCAUAGAGAAGGAAGUUUUGAAAGCUCACCACAGGGGCAAAUAACGUGUGGGUUGGGGAAGAUAGGAAAAUGAGAACUGGAAAGAAUUCCAUCCGGAACUGAAGAUGAGCAGGAAAACACAAUCUACGUUUUUAUGCUGUGUUUGAAGACCGUUCACCCAAGCUGCUGGUUUUCCCCAAUCCGUUCUUCCAGAAUGUAAUGGUGAAGGAGAUUUUAAUAUACAUAUUGUGCUUUUGAAGCUAAGCUUUCCACUUUAGGUUAUAAGAAGACUCAAAAUAUACCAUAAGCUAAUAAGAUCCUACUUCUCAUAUUUCAAAGUUUCAAAUAUUCUUUUUUUUAAAAAAAUCUAACCUGUUGGUUUCCCUAGCAUAACAUGUCAGUAGUGUUUUGCUCCACCCCUCACAAAAAAAGCAAGGGCUUUCAUUCUUAAAAUAAUAGGGACUUUUUUAUCUGAAAGCAGAAAUAUGUUUCUGGUGCUUAUUUAGUAAAGAUCGGGUUAACCUUACACACCUCUCUUGGUUAUAAAAUCUUGAUCUCCGUACUGAAUACCAGAAAGAAGUGAUAAAGGGGGUAGAGUUUCAAAUUUUGGUUUUGCCAGUCAAUUAGGGUAGCCUAUAAUUUUAAUAACCAUUUCACAAUGGGAAUUGGGUGACGAUCUCUACAAACUACAAAAGGAUUAAAGAAAAUAUAACGAAUAUGUUUAAUGCGUGACCCAUUUGGGAAGGGAGCUGAUAACGUUCUUAACUAGGCCCCGGAUCAUCAAAGUUGAAAGGCCAUUCCUUGAUUUAAUGGGUUGAUUUCAACAUGUUGCCUGAACUCGGCCACUGGAGUUUGUGAAGAUGGUCUGUGGCUAUAUAAGCUAGGUGAAUUGUAAUGUAUUUAAUGAACUAUGGUUAAACCAUGGCUUAGCAAGAUGUAUGAACUCAGCUUAGCUCUCAGAAUCUAUUUCAGUGUGAAAAUGCAGCCACCCCUGGUAGUUAGAGGCAGUUGUGCCAAUAUACAGAAUACAUACGUGUGGCAGAAAGCAGGAAAGUGAAAAUGGCAAUCGCAAUAGAAGCAUAGCUAUUAGAAGCAAGCAGCCAUCACUUGUCAUGCAAAGCCAAAGCCAGUAGCUUUAUAGUUUGCCACAUACAUUACAAGAAUCUCCCAAGACAGGGUUGCAUUUGCAGGAAUGACCAAAUAAAGCUUCAAAGAUCUUGGGGGAGGUCAAACUUGCAUGCUUGCGGCCAUGCAAGGAUUCCAAGCUAAGCUCUCACUUGACCCCCUCCUUCCAGGCUAACGGGCAAUUUUCCAACACUUGUCCUCUUUUUUACAUGCAUCGUGCAUGCAGAACACAUUUAAAAGGGGUGGGGCUUCAAACUUGUCCUAACAGCCAUCUUGACAUUUUCACGCACGCACACAUACACACACACACACACUCACUCACAUCUCAAUGACAACAUGCAUAACUAUGUAGAACGUAGAUCUUGGGUCUUCAAAGUUGGCAACUUUAAGACUUGUUGACCAUUUCUGGCCCAGGAACUCUGGGUGUUGAAGUCCGCAAGUCUUAAAAGUUGCCAGGUUUGGAGGCCCCUGCCCUAGAUCAUUUGGAAAGGUUAGGAUCUGGGUUCAAAUCGACCCCUGCAUCUUCUGCAUCUUACAGGAGAUGGAAAGUGCCUUCCAUACUCUGCUGAAAGCCUGGGACAAUUUUCUUGCAUUCAGGCAAAACUGUAGCAGUGCAAAUGGGGUUUUCCAGCUUUAAUUUCUAGAGAGGCGAGUUGCAGAUUCAAAUGGUUGAAUACUGUCUUAAUGAACAACCAAUUCAUUUGUUAUUAAUCUUACCGCCUCCUUGUCUAUGUAAAAUGUAUAUAAAUAAUGAAAUAAGACUUUUGUACAUUUUUUUUUUGUUUAGGAAUAAAUGCUUGUACAGUUGG